AUGCGACGGUUUAGAACCAAUGCAAGAGAUGAUAUUCAACGGGAAUUGGCAAAAAUCAAAUUAGAAGCAGAUGAAGAACCUGUGGAAUGGAUCAAUAGUUUUCUACAAAAGUUUUGGCUUAUUUUUGAACCUGUUCUAAGUGCUUUGGUGGUGGAAAAUUUGGAUACUUAUGUGAAUGAUUAUUUACCUAGUUAUAUCGAUUCUGUCAAAUUAACAACAUUUACUCUUGGUACUAAACCAUUCCGUGUAGAAAGUGUCAAGACUUAUCAAAAUACGGAACCGGAUACUGUGUGUAUGGAUUGGAAGGUCUCAUUUACACCUAGUGAUUUGACUGAUUUGACUUGGGAAGAAAUGGAUACCAAAGUGAAUCCUCGUAUCACUCUCAAUGUACGUUUUGGAAAGAAAAUGGUGGCUGCUGGUUUCCCUUGUUUAGUGGAAGAUAUGACUUUUAGUGGUCAUAUGCGGGUCAAGAUCAAAUUUAUUGCACGAUUUCCUUUUGCAAAAAUGGUGGAUGCUAGUUUUUUGGAAAAACCUACCUUUGAUUAUGUAUUGAAACCUCUUGGUACUGACUCUUUUGGAUUUGACGUCAACUUUAUUCCUGGUUUACAUAGUUUUAUCCGUGAACAAGUACAUGCCAUUCUUGGACCCAUGUUAUAUGCUCCCAAUACAUUUACAUUGGAUAUUGAAAAACUCAUGGCUGGUGAACUUGAUAUCACUCAAGCAAAUGGUGUUUUGGCUGUCACUAUUUAUUCUUGUUCAAAUAUUCGUAAUGUGGGUCAUUUGACAAAUGGUGUUCCUAACCCUUAUAUACGAUUUUAUCUGGAUAAUGGUCAAGAGUUAGGUCGUACUGGUACCAAGGAACAUACUCAUCAACCUCAAUGGAAUGAAACACGAUUCUUAUUACUCAAUAAUUUGUCUUCUCAACUAUGUAUGGAACUUCGAACUCAUAAUCACGAUGCCAAGGAUAGACGACUUGCCACUGCUCAAUUUGAUUUACGACAAAUGGAUGAUGAUCGAAAGGAACAAGAAGGAUUGGAUCUGCUUCUUUUGAACAAUGGACGUGUGGUGAGUGAUUUACGUGCUGAUAUUCGUUAUUUACCAGUGUCCAAGCCCUUCAGACGAUUGGAUGGUACUAUUGAACCUGCUGUGGAAUCAAAUUCAGGUAUUCUUCGCUUGACCAUACAUGGAUGUCGUAACUUGGAAAACGCAAGAGGAAAUACCUUUGUUCGUGUGAUUGUCAAUGGCACAGAGAAACUCAAGACCAACACUAUCAAACGAACGGCGGAACCAUUGUAUGCACAUGCUCAAGAACUAGUGAUUUUGGACAAGACGGAUGUACAUAUGCGUGUAGAAGUACGACAAGUAGGAACGACACAAAAGGAAUCCAUUCUUGUUGGUACUUUGACAUCUCAACUGGUGGACAUUAUGCGAUUACAAGAAAGUCAACAAGGGUGGUGGCCAUUGAAAGAAGGAAGUGACAAUGAUGAGAAACAAGUGGGAAAAAUUCAACUCAAUGCAGAAUGGAAACCGGUACUGAUGGCGGGUCUAGCGGAUCGUGUGGGACAACGUGGAUAUGAAGAGCCUCCUGUAGGUGUGAUCCGAUUUACAUUCUGGGAAGCAAGAGAUUUGCGUAAUGUGGAAGCAGUGACAUCUGGUAAAUCUGAUCCUUAUGUGCGUGUACUCUCUGGAAAUCAAGUACGUGCUCGUACUGAAGUGAUUGACAACAAUCUGAAUCCUGAAUGGGGUGAAACUCUUUAUGUACCUGUACACUCUACCAAGGAAAACAUGGUACUUGAAGUGAUGGAUUGGAAUGCGCGAUCUCCAGAUAAAUCUUUGGGUGCAACAACUAUCAAUAUGGUGGAUCUUAUUCGACAACAUGUAGGCAAUCAAAGUGUAGAUCCUGAUCGAUGGUAUGAAGCUGUACUUCCUCCCACCAAUAAACGGGUUGCAAAAGGUGAAUUAUAUUAUCGAACGGAAUUCAUACCUCUUCUAGCUAUACCUCAACAACCAGCAAAUAACGAUACAAAUGAAACUCUCAAGCUUAUCCCACCAGUCAAAGAUUUACAUGGAGCUUACAUCAAAUACACACCGGACGAUUUGGUGGACUUUUCUUCAUAUACUUCUGGGGUGUUACGUGUCAAGAUUCACGAAGUACAAUUAGCUAGUCCUGCUUAUGCGUACUGUCAACUUGCUGCGGAUUCUUUACUUCCUCAAUUCAAAACAACCAAAUUACGUGGUAAUAACUUGGCAUUUAACGAAACUGGAGAUGUAUUUAUCAAGGAAGCCGACUUUACUCGAGUGGGUAUCGAAGUAAGACCUGUUUCUAUGGAUGAAAAGGAUGAUCGGAAAUUGGGUCAUUGGGUAUGUCCUGCCAACACUAUUCUUCGUCGUAUUCAACAACAUCGUCGCCGAUAUCAAGAAAGCAAGUACCAUGUCAACAAAGAAGAAGAUGAUCAUGAAGAUGGAUACGAAUGGGAUCAUGAAGGGGAUUGGUAUGAUUUAUUGGGUACCCAAGGUCAUGGUGCCAUCAGACUCAGUUUUGACUUUAUUCCCUCUGCUGAUUUUGUAUUGAAUCCUGAUGAAAGUUUGGACAAUCAAGGCAAUCUCACAGUAUCAUUAUUAAGUGCUCAAAAUCUUAUGGCGGCUGACAAGACUGGUACAAGUGAUCCAUAUGUAGUAUUUACUGUCAAUGGGGAACGUUUAUUCAAGAGUACAGUGAUCAAGAAGACUUUAUCACCAGUAUGGAAAAAUGAAAGCUUCUCGGUACCAAUUCAAUCACGAGUGACAGCCAGUUUCCGCAUUGAAGUAUUUGAUUGGAAUCAUAUCAAAGGUCAUAGUCCUAUUGGAUCUGGUGGUAUUACGAUUCGUGGUGACAAUGUUGAAAGCUUCACUACGCAUGAUAUGGACAUUCCUUUAGAUGGUGUAGCUGGCGUUUCUGGUAGUGUACGUGUACGAUUCCUCUGGCAUCCUCGAUUAUUAGCCAAUAAGAAAAUGUUUACUUCGGCUGUACUUGGUGAUUCUCAAACAUAUAUCAAUGCAAAUCAAAGUGGAAUGUCUGAACCUUUGCCAAGAUCAUCUGUUUCAUCCUCUUUAGAUCCUAAUCAACCCUUGGCACAACAACAACGGUUCUCAUUGGAUACGGAAAGCAGCAUGGGACGAUCACGAGCGUCUAAUGAUAUGGGCAUGACAAGUGAUACUCAAGGUGUUGCAGGAUCAGUGACGAUCAAGUUAGUGGAAGCCCGAGGUGUUCGAGGUGUGGAUAAAUCUGGAACAAAACCAAUGAUGUUUGAUUUCAAGGUAAAAGAUCACAAUCGAUUGAGUAGUGAUGUAGAUUUGGGACAAUAUCGACGCAAUAUUUGGGAUUUGAUUCAACCUGAACAAAGAAGCUUUGAUCAAUGGGUGCCAUUAUAUCCUGUUGGAUCUGGAGAACUUCAUUUACGUAUUGAUUUUGAACCAUCCUCUUUGUAA